GCUGCACCAACCUGACGGGCCCUGCCAGGCUCGACUGGAUCUCGACUGGCUCUGGACUGGAGAGUCCGGUUGGGGUCUUGGGGGUCAAAAGGCCUGGGCUCCCCUUCUCCCCCCUGGUCCUAUCACAGGCUGCCCGUCCUCCCUUCCAAGGUUGGAGACUGCUGCAAGCCUUGGCCCCCUACCAGAGCCCCCCCCAUCACACACAGACUGAUCGCCAUCGCUCGCGAGCACUUCCCAUGGUCCAGGUCCUCCGCCGUCCACUCGCCCUCCCGCCCGCCGCCUCUCGUCUUUCCUCCUUGCCUGCAACCAGACAAAAAGUUGCACGAGGCUGAAUUGCAUUUGCAUACAUAUCCAUUCAAUUGAACCUUAUUACCUGGCCACACGUUCUCUCUCUCCCCGUCCGAGCUAAUCCAGCCCGCUCUCACGGCGGACCUCACUCCCGUCGUUGCCAACCAACCCUUUCACUUCUUUCCUGCCUCUUUCUCUCUGCCCUGCCCUGCUCUACACACACUCUCUCCCCCCUCACUUGCCCUGCCGCCCCGUGCUGCUGCCCUGCCCUGCCCUGCCCCGUCCUGGCUUCGUCUCGCCUCUCCUUGACCGCCUGCCUGCGCUCAUCACCUACUUACUCCAAGUCACCUGGAAUAACUGGACGCUCUCCGCCUCCCCCACCACCACCGCCGCCGCCGCCGCCGCCGCCGCAGCAGCAGCAGCAAGUCACAUCACAGCCGAGCGAGUCAAAUCAAAUCAAACCAUCAGGCCGACCCCGAAGCCAAGUCCAUCUUGUUGUGCUCAGUCCUGUCACUGUCCAGUCGGUUCGAGCAGCAGUCAGCGCACCGCAGCGUGACGCACCCAGCAGCGCGCACAGCACAUCCACCCCGUCGAGGCGUCCUCAACCCCCAAGACCUUUAUCAGUGCUGUGAUCCGGGCAACGGCUCGCGAUAAGGAGAAACCACCUUCCUGCGGGCUUUCUGCGGGCGUCCUCUUGCCUCUCAACCACCACGACAGACCGCUGCCCCUCCCCAGGAGCAACUCUCAUCCCAAAGAAUGGUGGUCGCAACAAUCAAAUGCGUUGUCGUCGGCGACGGUGCUGUCGGCAAGACAUGUCUGCUCAUCAGCUACACCACCAACAAAUUCCCCUCCGAAUAUGUCCCGACGGUAUUCGACAACUACGCAGUCACCGUGAUGAUCGGCGAUGAGCCGUACACACUGGGACUGUUCGAUACUGCCGGUCAGGAAGACUACGACCGAUUGCGGCCCCUAUCAUACCCACAGACCGACGUCUUCCUCGUCUGCUUCAGCGUCACCUCACCCGCGUCCUUCGAGAACGUCCGCGAGAAAUGGUUUCCCGAGGUCCACCACCACUGCCCCGGCGUUCCCUGCCUCAUCGUUGGAACGCAGGUCGAUCUGAGGGACGACCCCAGCGUAAGGGAGAAGCUGGCCAAGCAAAAGAUGCAGCCGGUGCGGAAGGAGGACGGCGAGCGCAUGGCGAAGGAUCUGGGCGCUGUGAAGUACGUCGAGUGCAGUGCUCUGACGCAAUACAAACUUAAGGACGUGUUUGACGAGGCAAUCGUUGCGGCGUUGGAACCCCCAGCACCAAAAAGUAAGAAGCAUAAGUGCUUGGUGCUCUAAUUUGACGCCUUGGACUGCGAGCAUGUCAUGACCGUUCUGCGUCGGCCGGGCGGGUCUGUCCCUGAUCCGAGGCGCAGCAGGACGAGCAGGUGGGUUGCCUGGGAUAGAUGAAGUGUCUGGUGCAGAACAUGGGCUGUUCUCCCCAUGUACACUCAUGUACACUCAUUAGACGCCCAGCAGCUCUGGGGCACCCGGCGGGAUGAACAAGGCCGAGAAGUCGGGUUCAGGCCCACGAUCGUCUGCGAAGGCGGCAAGCACGGCAGGUUUCCCAAUGGCUCUGAGGCCGUCCACGGACUACUCAGACCAGAAGAGAACUGCUGGUGUUCGGGUGAAGGAAGCUUCUUUUUCCUUUUUUUAGAUCUGGACGUGUUAUUCGUUGAAGCGAUUCUUUUCUCCCCUAUUUCAAUACGAACAGAUCUGCAUCUUAUUGACUGGAGUUAUUGUCGAGCCGAGACUCGUGGCCUCUUGAUAAGCCACUCACUGGCCUAGCAGCACUAUUUACAUGAUUGAUUACGGAGGCGUUGGGGACAUGAGAAAUGCGGUCUUUGUUCAACUUCGGAUAGGAUCACUCUGGCGACCGGUGCGCAAAUACUAUGUGUGACCCCGCCGUCCAUCACCGCACAGAUGCUCCCGAUGUCAUGGAAAGGGAGCGCCUGCUCAUACCCAGGUACCAGUUUGCCUCUAGACAGACCAGUGAUGACGGCAAAAGACACGGGAUCCAAACAUGGCCGAAGACGGCACGCUCCAGCCCACCCCUUCCGUUUCCCCCCGGCUCCCGGCGUCACAUCGCGGAGGUGUUUCUAAACAUUCUUGGCAUCUGAACUCUUCUCAAAUUCUCAGGGACGUCUGAUUGGGCCAGCGGGCGUGCGGAGGCACCCAGGUUGGCGUUCCGGGAAACCCUCUUUUCGCAGAUAUGCUUUCCGGGUCCAAGGCGCGCAAGGCAAGGCAGUGAGCGAGUGGAGGGCGUUGGGGCCGGAGAUGGGAGGGGAUAUGGGGAGGGGAAAGCUUAUUGGCACGUACAGCACCCCUAAUGUGUGAAGGGACCACGAUGAGCGCAAGGCUUCUUUCCUUCGGCGGAGCACACCCAAGACGGGAUCGCCCUUGCAGGUCGCUCUUGCAAAUGUCCCGAGGUUGCUUUGGGCAAGCCGUCCGCCGUUGGGCAGAUGGAGGUACCCCUUACAUCAUGACAUGACAUGCUCGUGGCUCCCAAGACGCCGUUUGCUGGACGAUGUGCGGAGUAAUAAUGGGCUGUGCCCCGCGUUUCGAGGGCCAGAUACUGCGGAAAACGCUAUUAGAUGUAAUUUACGAGGGUUUCAUGGCUUGUAUGUGUCUCUUGACUGGCGCGACUCUUUCGCGUCG